AUGUUGCCGAAGGACCGCCCUCGUGCGACGUCCGACCCAGCUGCACCCACUGUGACCACCUCUCCACCGCGCCCCGUGUCAGUGCCCCAAUGUCCGCCUUCCAUGCGACUCCCCUCCGCUGUUCGCAUUGUUGAAGUCGGCGCCCGUGACGGCCUGCAAAACGAACCCCGCCUCGUUGACACCCGCGUGAAAGUCCAGCUUAUCCAUGAUCUUGUCGAUGCUGGCUUGCGUUCUGUAGAGGUCACUGGUUUUGUAAGUCCCAAGUGGGUCCCGCAGUUGAAAGAUGCCUCCGACGUCAUGUCCGCCGUGCAGAAGAAGAACGGAGUCACCUACCCCGUUCUCGUCCCCAACAUAAAAGGCUUCGACGCCGCUUUGGCUGCUGGCGCUGAAGAAAUCGCUGUUUUUGCCGCAGCCACAGAGACUUUUUCUCACAAAAACGUCAAUUGCUCAAUACAAAAAUCUCUUGAUCGCUUUCGAGCUGUCAUUACCGCUGCUCAAGCACAUGAUAUCAAGAUUCGUGGCUAUGUAUCGUGCGUCGUCGGUUGUCCGUACGAGGGGCAUGUCGCCCCAGAAGCCGUGGCAGAUGUCGCCUUCAAGCUUUACGAAAUGGGUUGCUACGAAAUUUCUUUGGGUGACACUAUUGGUGUCGGAAACCCAAAAUCAAUAGUCCAGAUGAUAGACGCAGUUUUGCGCCGGGGCAUUCCUGUCAGCGCACUUGCUAUUCAUUGCCAUGAUACUCGUGGAGCAGCACUAGCGAAUGUGUUGGCAGCCAUGAGUUUGGGCUUGAGUGUCGUUGACUCCAGCGUCGCCGGCCUCGGAGGAUGCCCGUUCGCGCCAGGAGCCGCUGGUAACUUAGCAACGGAAGAUCUUAUUUACAUGUUACAGGGUAUGGGUAUCGACAUAGGAGACGUGAAUCUUGAAAAGGUCAUUGGCAUUGGUCACCGAAUCUGUCAAUAUCUCGGACGGAAGACAAGUUCGAGAGUGUCACAGGCAACGAUAUGCACUGUAGACGCCCCCGAAUCAAUUCGUCACAGUACCCUGUAACUAUUUGGAAGGGUUUCAGCAGACGUUUUUUUAAUAGAACCACGCCCGGCCGACCUUGAAACUGGGGAGCCGAUAGUUAUCAACCUGUUUUUUGGCUGUCGAAGGUCUGAUCACCCCGUGUCUGACUCGAAAAAAGCCGAUGUCGUGGCAGCAUCGUUGCAAGGAAUAUUCUGCUGCUGAAGAGGCAUCAAAAGUGGUGUAACGGACCCCGGUGUUUCGAUGAGCCGCUAGGAAGCACGUCUCCAUCCGAGAUGGUUCGUAGUCGUAUUACAGCCGACAUUUCUUCAGUAUUUUGUGUCACGAUAUCAUUAUUAAUCCUCCAUAAUCUCAACUUAAACGAGAAUGUAAAACAUUGCGACUUGUA